UAAAACAACUUGCAAGACUAAGAUGUCCAAGAAAUGGACAUAAGUGGCUGACCAUGCAUUCUCUAGGCCUCAAAACUAGACACACUAACCUCAAGAUGUUAAAAAGAUGAGCUCUUUACAUCUCAGUACAACUAAUAACUAACAAUAAUGACAAAACAACAACAACAAAAAAGUUCAAAUUAAGUCAGCAAAGCAAUAAUCCUAUAACAGUAACUGCAUAAUGCAUGCUGGGAACUCCCAAAGCCUUAACAUUUCAACAAUAUGAAAUUCUUUGUUCAGACAACUGUGUUGGAACAACAUUUGGGGUAAUUUUGUUGGCCCGACAAGGACUUUUAUGUUAGUUUCAGGAAAAUCGCAUUUUUUAGUAUUUGAGACUCAAAAGGUUUUGUAAACUGAAAAAUCCGCAGUUGCAUUUUUUUAAAGUGUACGUCUCAAACAAGUCUGUGGAGAGAUACAAGAGUUAUGAAAAUAGCACAACAUCAUGGCAUUAUGCAAAAAUAUUUGAGGGUCAUUCCUGGAAUUUAGUAAUAUUUCAACUUGGAAUUUUUUUUUCAACUACAUAUGAUUAAUUUUCUAAAUAACCCAUAUCAUUAGGCACAUAUCAAACUUCCAGCAAAACAUGUUUUCCCAUCUUGGGCAUUAAAGACCUGUAAUACACCUAAAAGUAUGAUACUACUUUUAUCAUCUUUUUUUCACUAUUAUUAAAGAUCCGAAUUAUGUCAUUUCUGGUAAAUGAUAUCACAUAUGGAUGGAGUCUAAUUACUAUGAGCGUAGAAUGGUUAGUGUGCCUGAGGGACAUAAUUUUAAAGUUGUUUUUUAAUAAAAUACACAACGUUUUGUAAACACUGCAAUUGUAAACACUGUGCAAAUUUUGCCAGUAAUUAUAUAAGUACAAAUUAAGUGCCUCAUGGACAUGACAAAAUGCUUAGUGUAAGAUUAGAAAGACAUUAUUUUAUGAUAAAAAAAUAUUUAAAUGCAAUAAUUUUUUUUCUUUUAUUAUUAAUUAUAUUGGAAAUAGCAAAGUACUGUGAAAAGCUUUUAACACUUUAUUUUGGUGAACCACCACUUUAAAAAGUCUAGGGGACUGAAAUAUUACGAAUCCGAAUUCGUCCCUUAAACACUAUGACUUUGUGUGUGUGUGUGUGUGUGUGCACGCGCGCGCGUUUUUGUGACAAAUGAGGACAUAAAUUUGUAUAAUGACCAGGGUAUGACAGGUAUUACAAGGAGAAGGUGACUUUUCAGGACAUUACCCCAUGUCCCCACUUUUCAAAACGCUUAUAAAUCACACAGAAUGGAGUUUAUUGAAAAUCUGAAAUAGCACAAAGUUUCCUGUAAGGGGUAGGGUUAGGUGUAGGGUUGGUGUAGUUUGUACAGUAUAAAAACCAUUACGCCUAUGGGAUGUCCCCACUUUUCACAAAAACAGACGUACGUGUGUGUGUGUGUGUACUGGUAUGGUUUACGAGGACACACAUGUGUAUAAUAACAUGGGUACUACAACGUAAACAUGGUUUAUGAGGACACUUCCUGUGUCCCCGUAAAACAAAAGGCUUAAAAAACAUACUAAACGGUGUUUUAUGAAAUUCAAAAAUUGCCAGUAGUUUCCUGUAAGGGGUAGGGUUGGUGUAGGGCAAUAGAAAAUACGGUUUGUACAGUAUGAAAACCAUUACGCCUAUGAAGAGUCCCCGUAAACCACAAAUUCAAGUAUUAUGUGUGUGUGUGUUUUGUGUGGAAAAACUGUAAAGCUGUUUAACUUAAAAUUCUCUGUAGCAUCAAGCUAAGUUGCAAAAAUAGGCUACUGUCUAUUAAUAAAUAAUAAGCGGCUAAUACUCAAAAUAGUCUGCAAAUGCUGCUGAAAACAAAACCAAGACCCUUUUGACAAAUAGUCGCUGUGAUUUUUGAUUGGCUAACGCGCGCGCAGAUUUUUCUUUUUUUCUUUUCUUUCCCCAGUUUACAGUUUUUUAGUGAUGUUUCAGCUAUUUUAAAAACAGCUGUCAGAUAAUAGGGACAUUUCAUACACUGUUACCUAUUCCAAAAAAAACAACAACAAAAAAACGCUUUCUGCUUUAAUGCCAUUCUAAAUGUAAAUACCAGCCCAUUGUGCUGUUAUCAAACGCGGAGCAACGUCAUACUCCUAUAGUAAGCUCGGAGUGAACACGCUUUGACAGCAUGGCCCAUGCAGCAGAGGGCAUGUCUGAGGUCUGAACCCGCGUUUAACUCCGACAACUUUCUCAGUGAGUUAUGCACCUGCAACAACUUCCCUCACCGUCACAGUCCAACAAACCGGCGAGUGCGGACAACGUUUUUACGCACAUCAUCGCCUCCGGGGACGACCGCGUCUCCUCCUCCGGUGACACCCUGGAGAACGAGCCACCGUUGAAAAGACUCUUCACCGGGAUGAGAAACCCCUCAAUCGCUCUGGACUACGUCUCCGCGGCACGGGAUGGCAGUGAAAGUGCGGACGAGUGUAAUUUGCCCGAAUCAAGCCAAGCGCGGACGGAUUUCGCCUUCUCUUCUGCUAUGUUCGCGUAUUCGGGGCAGCCUUUGCCCGCGCUCCCGCCACUCUCCGUUCCCUACAUGACACCUCACCCGGUCAUCAGCAACGGGCUGAGCUACGCGUACUCACAGCAUUACGGACAAACUUACCCAAACGCCGCCGUCUAUCCUGGAAAAGCCCAGGUUUACCUCUGUAACCGCGCGCUGUGGUUCAAAUUCCACAGACACCAAACAGAAAUGAUCAUUACCAGACAGGGGCGCCGGAUGUUUCCGUUUCUGAGUUUUAGUGUUUCUGGUCUUGACCCGACGUGCCUUUAUAAUGUUGUUGUGGAUGUGAUUCUGGCGGAUCCGACCCACUGGAGGUUUCAGGGCGGAAAAUGGGUUCCCUGCGGCAAAGCGGACACUAAUGUUACGGGAAACCGAGCAUACAUGCACCCGGACUCUCCAAACACCGGCGCGCACUGGAUGCGUCAGGAGAUCUCUUUUGGAAAACUGAAGCUGACGAACAACAAGGGAGCGUCCAGCAACUCUACUCAAAUGAUCGUCCUACAUUCUCUCCAUAAGUAUCAGCCGAGGGUGCAUGUGAUGGAAAUAAACAAGAGUGGAGAUGAAGAUACGAGUGAUCCUGAUCGAGUACAGACAUUUACCUUUCCUGAAACACAAUUUAUAGCUGUCACAGCUUACCAGAACACAGAUAUAACACAACUAAAAAUUGAUCACAAUCCAUUUGCUAAAGGAUUUCGGGAUAAUUAUGAUAAAUGUUACAGUGGCUAUGACUCUGACCGAUUGCCCCCUACACUCAGUGACUCUCCACACUCUCAGAUGCUGCCCGGCUCGCGGUACGCAAUGACAAGCACCUUAUUUCAGGAGCAGUUUGUCAACAGUUACACAAAGUCCUGUUUUCCAACUCUUAGCCCUGACCCUGGCCUUGUGACCUCAAACCAAUCCCAAGAGAGCAGCUUGGCCUCUGGGCAGCACUGGCUUGUGUCUUCCACUGCUGCUCCAUCAUACGAAGCCGAUAUUAACGCAGCAGCUCUGCUCUCUUACGCCACAGCGGGGGUCAAAGGUCUGCCUUUCACUGGUGGCACUAGUACAAGUCUGGAUUACUACACCAGUGCCGCUGGAUGGGAUUCACGGGGUUCGCUAGAGAACAGCAGUAAAACCAGCUCAAAUCUGCCUGUUUGGGUUCUAGAUACAGGUCUUGAAAGAUCAACACAAUCGAAUUACAUGCCUGAGGAUGGAGAGAUGUUGGAAAUAGACCAGUCAGCUCUUGGAGUUUCUAAGCAGCUGGAAGGUGAAGAUGCCACGGAUUCGACAUGGACCGAAACUCAGUCUUCCAUUAAAUCUGUCGAUUCCAGUGUUUUAAGGAUUUCGGAGGAGGCUCAUCUGAAAAAUCCUUCUAUCAGUCCAGAUUCAGACAUUCAGACUGUGAAAGACAUGCAGAACAGGGCCAAAAAUGGCAAUAAAGAAUCUGACUUUUUUCAUUUUGACACUCAAACGUAAACCUGCCUGCCUCAUAUGUGCAAUUAAAAUGUUGUUAAUAUGGAAAUAUUAUUAUGGCGAUGAUUUAUGUAUACAGCAUUUAUUUAUUUUCAUGUUACACUGCACCAUUGAAGAUGGUAGAAUAUGAGAACUGACAUCCCCAACUAUCUAAACAUAAUGUAUUUGACUGCUUAUAUGGCUAUAAUCUGGUGGUAUUAUAAAAAAAAAAAAAAAAAAACAUACAUUAGGACUAACAUGUCUGUAUUUGUUAUGCAUUCCCAGUAUAAAGAAUCUAAAUAAAUUAUCAUUAGCUUAAAAUCACAGCUGUUUCAUGUGAAAAUGUAUUGAUUGUGAUGUAUCAAAACAGUAGCCAUCUUGCUAAAAACAAAAAAAGAACAGGUCUUUUUUUAAUUAAAUGCCUGUUGUGAAAUAUAGAAUAUGAUAAUGUGAAGUCAUGACAUUCUGCUACUGUCAGAAUGUUUGAUGUAUAGCCUAUAUAAAUUGUCAGAGGUUGAGUAUAAAUAAAUCCCAUAAAGACUUAAGUUAC